AUGAUUAUUCAGCUGUACAUGUUUAAAUUGAUUAUCUCCUACCACAUUUUAAAUUAUCAUUCAAUCGAUUAAAAUGAAUGUUUAAUUGUAAACAUAUAAGGUGUACAAAAUGAGAAGUGUAUUUGUUAUGAAGAAAUAACAAAUUUUGGAUCAAAAUAAAACUGCAAUGUUAAUAGUUCUUAAUCUAUUAGGAAUACUCAAAUCAUUGAAAUUUCUCAUAUUGAAUCUUAAGCUAGAAUAAUAGUAUCAAGUACAGCCAAUCAAGAACUCUCAGAUGAAUCCUAUUUAUUUAGAAAUGUCUAACUCUUUUUGUAUAGAUGUCAUAAAACUUGUUCAGGCGAAAGAAAAGAUUAGUGUAAAACUUGUUAUACGCAAUUUAUCACUUCUACAAAUUAAUGUGAACCUUGUAAGAAUGGAGGAAAUGAAGAUUUUCUUGAUAUUCAAGCUGCGAAAUGUGUAUAAUAAUGA